AUGUCAGACAUAAUCUCGCAACUGCCAAACGAGAUUCUACGAAUCAUUAUGGAAAAUGUUGGUCUAGAAGGCCGUUUGCUGUGGUAUCGAUGUCCUCAUUCCAAUGGGCCCCGCAAGGCAGAUCUGGUGGUAUACGAUUUGGAUGAUGAUGACUUAUACGAUCUGGAUGAUAGCGACUCAGAGGAUGACGAACUAGACUGUCUCGAUGGAAUAGAUUGGGGCACGCACUCUCGAGAUUUCGAUUACCUCGGUUUUGCCAGCGGGAUUAUUGUCAACGGACUCUCUCAUAGACAACUGCGAAGCUUCAGUUGGGACUUAGGGACCUGCAUCCCAGAAACAAUCCUAGGGCCGAGCGGGAUCAUCACUUUGCGGCAGGAUUCAGUCGAGAACAUAUCUCUCACGACCGAUCGCCAUUGCUUCAUCGAUGACGACAGCACAAUUACAUGGUGCCCCCACGCUUACAAUCAAGGAUCUACCAUCCAUCUGGAUAAUUUCAAAAGCCUCAAAUCCUUUCGCUGGAGACGCCCACGCCGCGAAGACAUCGACACCCUAUCCAGCGCCAUCAAGAACAAUCGGACAAACCUGAUAAAGCUCGAGCUUGACUUCGAACUGUCUAUCUCCUACGCCCCGAUUGGACCCGCAUUCGCUUCUGCACUAGACAUGCAUUCACUUGUAUCGCUCAAGCUGCACUACUGCGGCGGAUGGAUCAGAUUUGUGGAAAAAAUGGCCUCGUCAAGUAUCACGCUGAAGCUGAAAACAUUCGAGGUCUGCAGCUACAAAUCCAACGACCGAUCCGAACAGCAGAAGGCCAUUAGGGACCUCUUGGAGUCUUUCGGCGGAUUAGAGAAGCUCCACGUGUUUCUUGGUCCCCCAGGGCUUACAUCAUGGAUUCCCACCCGAGACUUCUGGGCAAGCGUUCUGAGACACCGUGCUACCUUGAAGAGCUGCAUUCUCGAUCCGCUCUGGGGCGAUAGAACAGAACAUAUAAGGUCUGCCUUUGGAGAACAACAGGGUUCAGUUCGCCAGCAAGGGGCCUUGUCCCCACAACGACAGAAUGUUUUCCUACAGCGGUUAUUGGGCUAUUUUGAGACGGAACCCAGGGCUAACGUCCUGAGCCAGUUGGAUGUUGAGUGCCUUGGUCUGAUUAAUGAGCCGACAUGUCUUAGACGCACACUUCUUCCCUUUGCUGAAAAAGACUGCUUGAGGAUCAUACAUAUCCGCACCGGAGAUGGUACGGGCAGCUCGUGGGAAUGGAACUGGGUCUGGAAAUGCCUCGUAGAAUCGGAGGGCAGGAUGAAAAGUUGGAGUGGGAGUUAUAGUGGCGCAGACCUCACAGCAUUGUGGCCCCAUGUGACUGACAAAGAAGCAAGAUAUCGGCUCCAGGAUAAGUUCUGUGCCUUCGUUGAGUGGGCAUUCGGCGCUGGGGGCAUCGCCUCCCUGCGAGCUAUCGUAGUAGGCGACUUCUCGAUCAAUUGCGAGGAUCAACUCACCCGCUUCAGUAUUUGCCGGAAUGAAGAUGGGAUCUUCACGUUCCUUGACGGGCGAGACGGACGACGGGACCGGGCGCUGGAUGGUUACCAGGACUUCUUAGCAUCCUGCCGAUAG